AUGAAAACAUUGCUUGUGGCCCUGUUGGUGGUGGCUUCUGCGUCGGCGUUGCCGUUCCUCGGCAGCGUCCAGUCCGUCAAAGUCACAGGAACUUUGACUUGCAACGGCGCUCCCGCCGAAAACGUCAAGGUCAAGCUCUACGAGCGAGAAGUUGGUGAGUGAACUUUCUGUCUUCAAAAAUAAAUAGGUGGGAGUUCGGUUACAAGAAAUUCCGACGAAAAGAAUGACCUUUCUCUAUAUUUUAGUUUUCAUAUCUCUAAAAAAAGGAAGUUUUCCAAAUUUCUAAAUAUUCCCAAAAACUAAGAAAUGCUUGAAGUUCUGGACACUCUUCUGGACGAGAAGACGUCGGACAGACAAGGAAGAUUCACGAUGCAAGGCAGCAAGAAGGAAUUCACCACCAUCGAUCCCCACGUCAACGUCUACCACAAAUGCAACUACGAUGGAGUUGGUCGAGCUGCCUCUGAAAAAAACGAAGAAAUAUUUGCAGCGUUGCUUCAAAAAACUCAAAGUGAAGAUCCCGAAGAACUUUGUGAGCGAAGGCGACUCACCAGCCAAGACUUUCGACAUCGGAGAGCUCAAUUUGGCCGGCUCUUUCUCUGGAGAGUCCACCGACUGCCUCAAUUAA